UUUCCCACUGCCAAGGUAAGUUGAAACAUUUGUGUAUUUGAAGGCUGACCUUGUCUGGGAAAGCAUUGUUUGUGAGUAUGAUUGGGACAGAUUCACAUGGAUUUUUAAAGUUUCUUUGAAGUUUGAAGGAAAUAUAAUUUUUUGUUUUUCAUUUUUAGAUGCCCCGUGCCAAGUCCCACCGGCGUGCCCAGGCCCUGAAGCGGAGGAUGGUGCAGCCGCAGCCGUGGACCCCCCAGCCGCCUGUCCCCGAGUUCGUUGCUCGGCGCGGUACCGGUUACCGCCAUCGUGUGCGGAGAUGGCCAACUUCGGAGCUGACCCAGCGGAGCUUCAAGUUGGUCACUCCAGCUCAGCAGCCGGACCAGAAGAUGGUGUUCGUCGUGGGAGCCUCCCACCUGCGGCCCAUGGUGGAUGGGAUCGUCGCCAUGCCAGAGGGACCUGUCUCCUUUGCUUUUCUCUCUGUUCCAGGUGCGCAUGCAGCAGAGCUGAGGACGGAGGUGUCGCACGCCGCUCUCCCCUGGACCCCGGACGUGGUCUGCGUGAUGGCCCCCAGCAACAACCUCACGGCCAGCAGGAACAUCGGAGAGGCGUCGCUGGACUUCGGUGCUCUCCUGGCUACAGUCUGCAACCGCUGGGCGAAGGUGUUUGUGCUGGAUUUCCCUCCACGCCUGAACAUCGAGCCUGGCCUGCAGGAGCUGUUUCGCCAGGAGUUCCGCCGUGUUGCAGCACGCAUGGAGCACCUCCCCUUGGAUCGGUUGGAGCUGUGGAGCCGUGACAGUGUGCACCUGAGCGACAGCGAUGGAACGCCGAUCCUGGUCCAGGCCCUGUGGGACGCCGCGGUCCGCCAGCUGGCUCCUCCUCCUCCUCCUCCUCCUUCGGUGCCCCCCCGGACUUCGCCUCGUGCCAGGGUCUCCCCCGUGCUGGUCGUGACGGGACACCACCCCGCGCCCCGUCACCGCGACCCACUGGAGUGGACCGUAGUCGGACAGGAGGGCAAGGUUCGAGCAUCUCCGGUGCAAGAGUCUGUCCUCCCGUCCAACCCCGUGUGGUUCAGCGGCGACAUGUUGGAGGCCAUGGAGACGGUUUGUCCUUCUUCAGAUGACGACGACACUGCCAUUCCACCAGCUGGCCAGACUUCCCGUGUGAGGCGUUCGCCAAGAGGUGUUGCCACAAGGCGCAGAGGGGGAAAGCGGCAGGUGCCGGCAACACCUUCACCUGCCCGUGUGACCGAGUCCGCUUCCGGGCCCAGACCAGCGGUGCAGCAGGUGGAGGCAACAGCCCAGGAGUCGCCCAGCGUGGUGCCAGGGGUGGUCGUCGGUCGAGAGGAGGUCGCCGCAGCGUGCCCUGCCGUCCCGGAGGAGCGACAGAAGAUCGACAAAGCUAAGGCUGUUUUUGUUCCUUCUGUUUGUGUUAGUGAUGUUCAGUUGGAGUCUAGCGCUAAUGCUGUGGCAACAGGGUCUAACAGAGAUAGCAGUAGGAUUAGGCUAGUGAAGGUUGUGUGCGGAUCGUUUCAUCAGGGCGAUGCGCGUUUUGUGUAUGGAGGAGUCCAGUGUAUGGCUAUAGCUUUGGUCAGCUUAGCCAAACACACGGUGAGGACCGCGUUUUCGUGGGACAGGCUGGAUCUGGAUCGCGCGUUGGUUGAAGGUGAUGAGUUGUACACCAGUUUGCGUGACCUCAACAUCUUCAGCCAUGUGUCUAAUCUGCUGUCUGUGCCAGAUUUGCCACAACACUUGGAAUUAGAUGGACAAGUGUUUAGGUUCAGUUUUGGUGACACAGUGUUAGGCGAAAUAGGCGUGACCGAAGGUGAAUACAUCGACUUCGGUGUGUUCAUCAGCUUGCGAAAUGGACUGGAGAGAAUCUUCAGUCAGUACAGCACAUGUCUUUUGACACUGUGUGGAAACACUACUGCCAUUGUGUGUGAGGAUGGACGGUUCUCUGUGGUCGACAGUCACUCACGCAGUAACACUGGCUUGUUACAGUCUGACGCGGGGGUGCAAGUCCAGCGCGGUCUGGUGUGUCUGUGGAGAGUCUCAUCAGUGGGAUGA